AUGCAGAGGACAAGAGCCUUGCGCCAUGCCGCUGUCAACGGAGCUAAGAGAGCCGUGACGGAGCUUUCUAACUAUCCCAAAGCAGGCGAGAAGCUUCACGGCUUUACGUUGCUGCGCACCAAGCAUGUGCCCGAGCUCGAGUUGACGGCCCUGCACCUGCAGCAUGACAAGACCGGCGCCGAACAUCUUCACAUUGCCCGUGACGACAGCAACAAUGUCUUCUCCAUCGGCUUCAAGACCAACCCCCCGGAUGACACCGGCGUACCGCACAUCCUGGAGCACACCACGCUAUGUGGCAGUGAGAAAUAUCCCAUCCGAGAUCCAUUCUUCAAGAUGUUGCCGCGCACUCUGUCCAACUUCAUGAAUGCCUUCACUGCAUCGGAUCACACCUUCUACCCCUUCGCCACCACCAACGCCCAGGACUUUCAGAACUUGAUGGGCGUCUAUCUUGACGCGACCCUUCAUCCACUGCUCAAGCAGACCGACUUCACCCAGGAAGGAUGGAGGAUAGGUCCAGAGAACCCUCAAGCCAUCGCUAGCGGUGAGGAGGCCAAGCCUGAGGACCGUAAGCUGGUUUUCAAGGGGGUCGUCUACAACGAGAUGAAGGGACAGAUGUCUGAUGCUGGCUACCUAUACUACAUCAGGUUUCAGGACCACAUCUUUCCGGACAUUAACAACUCCGGUGGUGACCCGCAGAAGAUCACCGACCUGACCUAUGAACAGCUGAAGCAGUUCCACGACGAGCAUUAUCACCCCAGCAAUGCCAAGCUAUUCACCUACGGCGAUAUGCCUCUGGGAGACCAUCUGAAGGAGAUCGACGCCCAACUCAGUGCAUUUGAGAGGAUACAAGGCGACUUGAAGAUUCACCGACCCAUUGACCUCGCUGGUGGUCCCAAAGAGAUCACAGUGCAAGGUCCAGUCGACCCCUUAAUGGACGCGAACAGGCAGUUCAAAACCUCAGUAUCCUGGGUACUAGGCGAAACAACGGACGUCGUGGAGUCGUUCUCACUCUCUCUACUCUCUGCAUUGCUCACGGACGGAUAUGGGUCCCCCCUUUACAAGGCCCUGAUCGAGUCAGGGCUGGGACUCGACUGGUCACCAAACACUGGCUACGAUAGCUCCAAUUCUCGUGGCAUCUUCUCAGUUGGCUUGAGCGGUGUACAGGAGACAGAUGUUCCUGCGGUCAAGUCCACGCUGCAGAACACCUUGCGCGAGGUUCGGGACAAGGGUUUCGAGAGGUCCAAAAUUGAUGGCUACCUACACCAGCUCGAACUCGGACUCAAGCACAAAACAGCCAAAUUUGGCAUGUCAAUGUUGCACAGAUUGAAGCCAACCUGGUUCAAUGGCAUUGACCCGUUCGAUUCUCUGGCCUGGAACGACACUCUUGCGGCGUUUGAGGCAGAGUUGGGCAAAGGUGGUUAUCUAGAGGGCUUGAUGGAUAAAUACCUUCUGAACGACAACACAUUGACGUUUACGAUGACCCCUUCACCCAACUUUGGGCAAGACCUGGUUCAGGAGGAGGCUGAUCGUCUCGCCACCAAGAUUGAAGCUGUAACGAAGCAAGCUGGCGGGAAGGAGGCUGCCCAGAGACAACUCGAAGAACAGGAGGUGCAAUUGCUCACUGAGCAGAACAAGACCAACACCGAGGACCUCAGUUGCCUACCCAGUGUGCACGUGCAGGAUAUUCCGAGGCGGAAGGCAGGCCCAACUUUGAGGGAUGAUGCAGUCAAUGGUGUCAAGACUCAAUGGUACGAGGCGCCGACAAACGGCCUGACAUACUUCCGUCUGGUCACUGCACUAGACAAUCUCCCGGACGAGCUAAGGCUGCUCCUGCCAUUGUUCACAGGCUCAAUUAUGCGCCUUGGUACCAAAGACACAUCCAUGGAGCAGCUAGAGGAUCUAAUGAAGCUGAAAACAGGUGGUGUGUCUGUCAGCUACCAUUCGGCCUCGUCAGCGACCGAUUUCACUCGAGCCUCCGAGGGCUUUGGUUUCACGGGCAUGGCUCUUGAUCGGAACGUGCCUCAUAUGUUCGAAAUCCUCCACAAACUAGUCGUCGAGACGAAUUUUGACAGCCCUGAAGCUGUUCAGCAGAUCCGGCAACUCAUCCAGGCAUCGGCUGACGGCGUGGUGAACGACAUUGCCUCGUCUGGUCAUUCAUACGCACGACGGGCCGCCGAGGCUGGUUUGACCAACCAGUCUUAUUUUUCCGAGCAGAUCGGUGGCUUGUCUCAAGUCAAAUUGAUCACCUCGCUUGCGAGCAGGCCAGAGUCUGACCAGCUGGAGGAUAUCAUCGCAAAGCUCAAGCAGAUCCAGCAACUAGCCAUGACGGGCGGCAGCAUCCGUGCAGCCAUCACUUGCGGGAGUGAGUCCGUCAAGGCCAAUUCAGCUGCCUUCUCAGAUUUUGUCAAAUCAUUCUCUAGCUCAGCCAACCUCCCAGCACAAGGACCAAGAAAGUUCGAACGCAACAUCAAGACGUUCUACCCUCUGCCUUACCAGGUCUAUUACGGUGCCCUAGCUGUCCCUACAGUGUCCUAUACGUCUGCCGAUGGAGCGCCGCUGCAGAUACUCUCGCAGCUCCUCACACACAAGCACCUUCACCAUGAAAUCCGGGAGAAAGGUGGUGCGUAUGGUGGAGGUGCAUACCAUCGGUCAAUGGAGGGCCUGUUCGGUUUUUACUCGUACCGCGACCCGAAUCCUGUAAACACUCUAGGCAUUAUGCGCAACGCUGGGCGGUGGGCAGUCGACAAAAAGUGGAGCGACCGCGAUCUAGAAGACGCCAAGAUCAGUGUCUUCCAAUCUGUCGACGCACCUGUCUCUGUGAACGAGGAGGGCAUGGGUCGCUUCCUCUAUGGCGUCGACGAGGAGAUGAAGCAGCGCAAGAGAGAGCAGCUUCUAGAUGUCACCAAGGAGCAGGUGCGUGAUGUGGCGCAGAAAUAUGUUGUGGAGGCCCUCGAUAAGCAAGCCGAGAGGGCGGUCUUCCUAGGCGAGAAGCAGGCCUGGGUUGAUGGUGAGUGGAAAGUCGAGGAUAUGAAUGUCAGUGGCGGAGACACAUCCUCGUGA